AAUUAAGAGUUAUAUGUAUGAUUCUGAUUAGUCAUUAAGCAAAGUACUGGUGGUCUCAAUUGGAUUCAAAAUAUGCAUUAACUAAGCAAGCGAGAGGGUGAGGCACCACCACAGUGAUAGGGUUAAAUUGGUACUUGAACAUACAAACAAAAGAGUCACCUCCUGCACAGCAGGCAGCAGUGCCCAUAUUUUAUAUUUACAUGCGCUGCGGCAGCGCCACCUAGUUAGUUACGCAAACGCUGUUGAAGAAGUUGCGCUGAGUUUCUGUGGACAAGACUAUGAGGUUGAGGGGAGGGCAUUUCCAGUAAUUUGGUGAAGGGUUGCCUUUAUAGGGUGCAGCAGCUCUCUUCCUACCCACCCCUUGAUCUUGUUUUCUCUCUCUGUAGCCUCUUGUCUCCUGAGUCCUGUGAGUUGAGAUUUGCGACCCCAGAGCCUAGCAAAGGAAGGUCGGAAAAAGAGCGACAGGUUGCGUUGUUUGUAGUUGUGUACCCAUACGCAUACACACAAACACAUACAGUAACACUACAUAUCCAAUUCCAGUAAUGGAUCCAGAAGCCCUCUCCGCCACUUUGUUCAAAUGGGAUCCUCGAGGAAUGGUGGGGGGCGGCAGCGGCGCACCCCUUCCAGCACCACUGCCCCCCUACUCGCUGCGGCCCAGGGAGUUGGGAUUGGGAGGCCUUGAGGACUUGUUCCAGGCUUACGGAAUCAGGUACUACACCGCUGCUAAAAUUGCGGAACUUGGAUUCACCGUCAGCACCCUCCUGGACAUGAAAGACGAAGAGUUGGAGGAUAUGAUGAACAGCCUAUCUCACAUUUUCCGCUGGGACCUUCUGGUGGGUGAGAGGUACGGAAUUAAGGCUGCUGUAAGAGCCGAGCGCAGACGUCUAGAUGACGAGAUCGAUUCCUCCAGGCGCCGUCACCUCUUGUCCAACGAUACCACUACCAACGUCGUCCUCGAUGCCCUCUCUCAGGAAGGCCUAUCUGAAGAACCGGUGCAGCAGGAGAAGGAGGCGGUGGGAAGUGGAGGUGGAGGAGCGUGGGAGGCAGUUGCAGCCGCUGAGAUCAGGAAGAAACAGCGAAGGAGAAACGGAUCAAAAGAGAAGCAGGUGAUGGUGGUGGAGGAGGAUCACGAUGAAAACGAGGGAGCCGGGGACGAGGAGAAUAUGGAAGUCAGCGAGAGACAGCGGGAGCAUCCAUUCAUCGUAACCGAGCCAGGGGAGGUUGCACGAGGAAAGAAGAACGGCCUCGACUAUCUCUUUCACCUAUAUGAGCAGUGUCGUGAAUUUUUGAUCCAAGUCCAGAACAUUGCCAAGGAACGAGGAGAAAAAUGCCCCACUAAGGUGACGAACCAGGUGUUUAGAUAUGCAAAGAAGGCGGGAGCAAGUUACAUAAACAAGCCAAAAAUGAGGCACUACGUGCACUGCUAUGCGCUGCACUGUCUGGACGAGGAAGCGUCGAACACAUUGAGGAGGGUUUUCAAAGAGAGGGGUGAAAAUGUGGGAGCUUGGCGACAGGCAUGCUAUAAGCCUCUGGUAGCCAUAGCAGCUGCCCAAGGUUGGGACAUCGAUGCCAUUUUCAACGCACAUCCACGCCUCGCCAUCUGGUAUGUGCCUACCAAACUCCGCCAACUCUGCCAUGCCGAGCGCAAUGGUUCCACAGCCUCCACCUCCGCUGCCGGAUCUCACUUGCCUUUUUAAUUUCAUACGUCUCCUCGGAAAUGAGAGAUGAUAGCUUGGCCGCUGUGAAGGAAACUAGGACCUUGUUGGAAUAUGGAAUGCAAAAUGCUACUCUCUUUUUUCAUAUCAUAUAUUCAGAUAUAAUAUAAUAAUGUGUAGACCCCACUCCACUUCCAUAAAAGUUUGCUUUAAUUU